AUGUAUGAAAGCAGGAGCAUGCGGGAGUCAAACAGCCAGUAAAGCACAACCAUCACAUGUAGCCUGGUUACAGCUUUCUACGUUUUUAUAGAGGAAGUUUAUGUGGGCUGUAGAUCAAGUGGAGGGUUUGUGGUAAAAAAGAGCAUGUGAGCUUCAGAGGAGACACUUUUUCUCUGGGUGUUUGGAAAGAGAGGCAGAUACUGUACAACACAAAAGAAAUGAUUUUGUUUUUGUACUGUUUCCUUAAAGUAACUGAUUGUUUUGACACUCCUUUCAGCUAUUAAUGGAUUGUAUCUGUGUUACAAUUAUUACCAGAAGCUGGGUGAUCUAUUUUUACCUUUUUCUACAGAGGUUUUUAUUGCACUAAAGCUGGCUUAUUAAAGAAGGAGAACAUUUACACAGCCAAACCUAAAAAGAAGUCUUUUUCACAUUUUGGUUAAACUCCAGUUGCAGUACAGCUAUGAAAGAAAGACAACACAGUUAUGAAAAUCAACUCUUUAAAGAGGAGGAUCUAACUGGAGAAGAGGAAGAAAUGCAGUCAUCUAGAGGGAGAUCCAGGAGUGGCUGUAUAAAAUGCCAGCAAACACGAUCUCUCCAGCUGGCUGUCAAAGUGUUAUAUGGCUUCUUUGCUUUCCUUAUAAUAGCUGUUGCUGUUCUUGCAUCAUUAGUAUUCAGAAAAGUUGAUUCCUUAUCUCAAGAAGAAUCUUUUUAUAACAAAAAGAUUGCCAAAGUCCAGGAAAGUAUCCAAGACCUCACCUCCACAAACAAUUGCACUGCUUGGUUUGAUGUCGUCCACUUUCGCCAAGAGAUUGGCAAGCUAAAAAAAGAGUUUGAAGACAUUCAAAAAAUGAUUUUGGAUCAAGAACAGACAUUAGACCAAGCAUCCAAAACACAGCAGAGUCUUACUUACUCAAACAGCCGAAUAGUUCGUGACCUACAGAAUUAUUCCAUUGCUAUUAAGAUGAUCAAUCAGUCCUUAGAGAGGUAUUUAGAUCAGGUGAAUGGCUGGCAGAUAGUUAUAAAUGAGACAGAAGUAGCCAUGAAAUCUUUUGCUCAAGAUCAUUACGACGUUAAAGCUACACUUCAGCAAGUGAACUCUACGGUUGCACUUAGUUCUCUAUGGAUAAAUGCCAUUCAGAGGAAAGCAGAUGAAGAAACACUGGUUUUACAUAAAAUGACAGCAGAGUGGCAGAAUUACAGCAAAGUUUUGGGAGCUAUGCGAUAUAAUUCAAGCACAACCAGCCAACUUGUGAGAAGCAUUCAGACCAGUAUCUCAGCCAUAUACCAGAGACUAAGCAUGAGCUCAGAAACAGUGCAUGACAUGACCUUACAUGUCAUGAAUCUGCAAAUGCAGCUCGACAAUGUUACCUCCUUCAUGGAUGAGCACGAGGAGAACAUGCAAGACCUCCAUUACCAUUCAAAGUACUAUGAAAACAGAACCAAUGAAAGGUUCGAAACCCUGGAGGCACGAAUGAACUCUCUGGAAAAGGAAAUUGACACGAUCUCAGACAGCAUCAAUGCCACAGUCAAUCAUGUGCAAAGCAUGUACAAAUACAUUAAUAUAGAAAGCACGUCUUGCCACUCCAAGAUGGGUAGCCACACAGAAGAGCUACAGAACCUGAACAACACAGUUCUGCUUCUUCUGCACUUAUCAGACAUACUUAGACAGCAGUACAUGCUCUUAAGUGUGAGGUUGGAUUUAGAUGUGAGGAACCUCUCCAUGAUCAUGGAAGAAAUGAAGCUUGUCGACACCAAGCACGGUCAGCUAAUUAAGAACUUCACAAUUCUGAAAGGUGCGCCCGGGCCUCCAGGUCCCAAAGGAAACAAAGGUGAAGUGGGACCUAGGGGACCUGUUGGACUCACAGGCAACAAGGGGGACAAGGGGUCUUUGGGGAUCCCUGGGCCCCGCGGUGAAAAGGGUUUCAUGGGGCCAAAGGGAGACCCAGGAGAACCGGGCACUGCGGGGCUGAAUGGAAGCCCAGGCCUUAAAGGAGCUAAAGGAUCUUUGGGUCCACCAGGAGCCAAAGGAGAAAGAGGACUGAAGGGUGACAUGGGGCCAAUGGGCCAGGAUGGGGCACCUGGCCCCCAGGGGCCUGCAGGAAUUCAGGGAGCAGCUGGCCUCCCAGGAAUACAUGGGUUCCAGGGCAUUAAAGGAAAGUCUGGUCCUCCUGGCCCACAUGGACCUCCUGGGCCCCCCGGGCCGCCUGGACCGUCCUCUGGGCCACAUCUCCAUCUUCGCUGAGCAAAUGCACACUUUCUGAACUUCAAACAUGGGCAAGUUUGGCUCUUUAACCACGGAAAUGUCAGAGAUAUUUGCUUUUUAUGCAGCUCUGUGCAUCUCAUUUAGAUCCUGUAUUAGCAGCUCUUAUUUGAGGUCUAAUGGUAACACAUGAAUAUUAUCUAUAAGAAAGUUUGAGUGUAGAAGCUCUGUUACUGUGUUUAUUUUACUGAGUACUGUACACAGGGUGAAUUACCUGAAACAGAUACAGGUACUGAAAAAUAUCUUCUGCACAAGUAUAGAGAACAAAUACUACAGUAUAUGAGAUAAUUAAGCAAUGAUAAAAGGAACAAAUCUCACUCCGAAUCCUAUGUGGGUUUUAGUGUAUGGGCCUGGUUUCAUGCAAACUAUUUAACUGGUGAGUGACCAGUUUGAAGAAGAAUGGCACAGGUAUUUUAGUUGGUAUCUUCAUCUCUUAUAAAGAUAAUUACUGAUUAUUUCAUUUACCUAUAUCCAAAGCGUGCCACCUUUAAAUACAGUAUGUAACACAAUUCACACCUCAGCACUAACAGUUUGGAAGGAAAUAUCAAUUUUCCCAUAAAAGUAUGUAUAUGUAUGGAUUUGUGAUACAUAGGAAUCCAUAAAUGACAGAGUACUUACAUAAUAACAGUUUUAGUGAGAUACAGCUUAUGUUUAGUAAUACAAUUUCAAUAAAUGCAGUAUUUGUCUUAGGAAAUGACUUUAACUAUACAAUGGCACUUUAGCAUUUUAGCAGAAAUGUAUAGCAUGUAAGAAAACAUCUGGGUGCAUUUGUCCAUUUGCUGUCUCAUUUAUGACAAAUGUUGUGAUAUUGACUUAUGCACAUUGACUUACAUGCACAUUGAAUCAUUCAGAGCAGGUACUCUGAAAUAAAUGAACCAAUUGAGGUACAAAUCUAUAUUUUCUGUUUUGGUCAGAAAAAUGUAGACUUAAAAACUUUAAAUGUUUACUAUACACAUUACAAAAUACAAUGUGGAUUCAUUUUGACUGCAGAUAUUCAGGUAUGUUGCAAGUAUGGAAGACUAUUACAGAAUUAUUUUUUAAUGUAAACAAAAAUGCUUAUAGACUUGAUUCACAAUUUUUGAAAGACAACUCUCAUAAGUUGUAUGUUUGAGAUUGGAAAAGCAACCUAAAACAUGAAACUAGCUGUCGUUGUAACCAAAACAUAUUGGAUCUGAAAAUUAAAGUACCUAAUGAGAUAAGGUACACCUAGUGGGACGUGAAAUAUAUAAUUUCCUUGCAAAGUUAAAAUUUUAGUACUUUCAUGUGCUUAGAUUUUAUGCUUCAGUAUGUGUCAGAGUAGUUCUAUUUUAUAAUCCAUAAGAGGUCCAUAAGAAUUACAGCAUUGUUUCUGAUUCUUUUACCAAGGGAGUGCUUGGUACUGCCAUGGUUUUUGCACCUAAUCAAGAUUUUAUCCUGUAUUUUUUAUACAUUUUAUUUUUGCAGCUGUUGUGCAAGUACAAUAAUA